AUGUUUAAAUCUUCUAUGAUAGAAAAAGAAAAGGAUCUAAAAUGUGCUAAUAAACAUAAAUUACCUAUUCUUAUGGUUAUAUUGGAUCCAAAAUUAGAAUAAAAUUAGAGACUUUUAUGUUAGGAUUGUAUAAAGAAUUUCACUACUCAAUUUUCAACAAUAGGAUAUGAAUUAGUGAUGAAAUAAAUAAAGAAAAAUUAAAAGGAGAAGGUGGAAUCAAUAGAGAAGACUAUUUAAUUAAAAAUAAAGUAAAUAGAAGAGCUUUUAGGUAAUAUCCAUAAAUUGAAGUCAGCAAUAUCAUUUUAAUUGGAUGAAAUAAUAGGAUAUAGUGGGGGAUGGAUAAAGAAUUUACUAUCAGUUGGACAUGAAUAUUCUUAAUAUAGUUUUCAUAAAGAAUUAGAAAAUUUAAUAUCUAGAUAAUUAGAAAAUUAAAUUGAUAAAUCUUUAUUAAUGAACGAAAUAAAUAAAGUUAAUAGUUUUUGGAAUAUAAAAAUAAAUGAAAAAUUGGAAUAAUUUAGUUCCUUUAAAAUAUAUUAAAAGUGUUAGGAAAUACUUUUAAAUUUAGGUUAAAAUAUGUAAGUGAAAGAAGAAGCAAUUUAACCAUAAAAGUUAUUAUAAUAAUAAAAUAAUUUAUAAAAUUAAUUUGAAUAACUUUAAGAAUCAACUUCAACUGGUAAUUAAAAAUAAACAGAAGGAUCAGUUACACUUUAAUUAAUUGAUGAUUCUAUAAAAUAAAAGAGUAAAUGUUAUGCAAUAGCUUUAAAUAAAAAUGGAACAUAAAUGGUAUCUAUGAGUAAUUCUGAAAUAAAAGUUUGGAAAUUGAUUGAUGGUAAACCUAAUUUAGAAUAAACUUUAUAAGGACAUAGUAAUUAUAUCUAUUGUAUAGUUUAUAGUAAAAAAUAAGAUAGUUUUAUAUCAUGUUCAAAUGAUAAAACAAUAAUAGUAUGGAAAUAAAUUAAUUAAAAUUAAUGGUAAGGAUCAUAAUAGUAUAGAGAACAUAAAGGAUGGAUUGGAAGUAUGAUUCUUAAUAAUUGUGAAAAUUAAUUAUUUUCUGCAGGUGAAGAUUAAAAAAUAAUAGUAUGGUAAGUAGAUUUUAACCAAAAUUAAUUGACAUAUCUUUAUUCUCUAGAAAAACAUACGAAUUCUAUUAGAGCCAUAAGUUUAAAUGAUUGUGAAAAUAUUUUAGUUUCUUGUGCUGAUGAUUAAUAAAUAAUAUUAUGGGAAAUUGAUUAAUCAGAAAAGUUUUAAUUUAAGUAAGUUAUUACUUCUGUUUUGGAUUCUUCAGGUUGUCAUAUUAAAUUUAUAAAAGACAAUUUAUUCAUUUGGAUACCUUAUAGUAAAGAAUUAAAUUUUAUUUGUUUAUUUGAAUCAAAAGAUGGAAUCUUUUAUGAAGAUAUUGAUAAUAGAAUAUAAUUAGUUAAUAAUAAGAAUCUUGGAUGUGCAUUAUUUCCUAUUCUUUAUUUAAAAGAUAAAAAUGUAUUAUUUAUUAGAUCAAAAAAUAUUAUAUAUAUUUUAAGAGAAAUUAAUGGGAAAUUCAUUAUUUAAAAUGAGAUUGAUUGUGGUACUAAAUGGAGCUUUGGCACUGUUUGUGAAAAUGGAAAAUAUUUAGUAAUUUGGGAUGAUCAAAAAGGAGUUUACUCAUUAUAUGAAUUAUAAUAUAAAUGA